AUUAUUGACAGGUUAACGUAAACAUGGCCGGUAAAUGAAACUCUGGCAAAAUGUUGAGAAAGAAAUAUAGGAUUUUAUUUUUAAUUUGCAGCAUUUGGAUAGUAGGAAUCCUGUACUUUGUAUUAAAAUCUUCGUCAGAAAAGGAAGCUAAUGCAGAACUUAGAUACCAAAGACAUGUUGUUAUGCCAGCUGAGAUUGAAUUAGACCAAGAUCAAGACAAAUUCAUUUCAAACAAAGAACCCACAUAUGCUAUACCGAAGAAGCCAGAGCCUGAAAGAAACUUGCAUAUAGAACCUGUUGAUCCACACAGACCAUUGCCAGAUUUACCUUUUGUCAAAGAACAUCCGAAGCAAAGUGCUCACGCUGUAAAUCAGAAUGCUUUAUAUGAUGGUCCUGAUGAUGUUCCAUGGGAACAAUUUGAGGAGAGCGUUUAUAUUAGUAAAAAUGCACUGCAACCUGGUGAAGACUUUUACAACAGAAAUAAAUUUAACCAAAAAGCCAGUGAUGACACCAAGUCCAACAGAGAUGUUCCAGACACUAGAAACGCAUUGUGCAGACGUCAAGACUAUUCCUCUGAUCUUCCUUCCACCAGUGUUAUAAUUACAUUCCAUAAUGAGGCUAGAUCAGCGCUGCUCAGAACUGUGGUCAGUGUUUUUCGCAAGAGUCCUUCUCAUUUAUUGACAGAGAUCAUCCUUGUAGACGACUUUAGCAAUGAUGCUUCUGAUGGAAUCGACUUGGCGCGAAUCCAGAAGGUGAAGCUGAUACGCAACAACCAACGGGAGGGCCUGAUGAGGUCGAGGGUGAAGGGAGCCAAUGCUGCGCAGGCUCCUGUGCUUACCUUCCUUGACAGCCACUGCGAGUGUAACACCAACUGGCUGGAGCCAUUGCUGCUCGAAGUCAAACUGGAUAAGCACCGAGUGGUGAGCCCCAUUAUAGACGUAAUCAACAUGGACACCUUUGAAUACAUUGGAGCUUCAGCAGAUCUUAAAGGCGGGUUUGACUGGAAUUUGGUGUUCAAGUGGGACUACAUGACAGCAGAGGAGAGAAAUAAAAGGGUCAACAACCCUAUUGAGCCUAUCAGGACACCAAUGAUAGCAGGUGGCUUGUUCACUAUUGACAAGAGAUGGUUUGAGGAGCUGGGGAAGUAUGACAUGGCAAUGGACGUAUGGGGAGGAGAAAAUCUGGAGAUAUCAUUCCGUGUGUGGCAGUGCCAUGGUACACUGGAGAUCAUUCCCUGUAGUCGUGUUGGUCACGUGUUCCGUAAGCAGCACCCUUACACCUUCCCAGGCGGCAGCGGGAACGUGUUUGCAAAAAACACUCGUCGAGCUGCGGAGGUUUGGAUGGAUGAAUACAAGGAGUUCUAUUAUGCAUCAGUUCCAUCGGCCAAGUCUGUAGACUUUGGAGAUAUAUCAGACAGAUUAUCAUUACGAAAGAAGCUACAGUGCAAAUCCUUUAAAUGGUAUUUGGAGAACGUCUACCCAGAGCUUAAAAAUUCUAUAAAUAAUUUUGGACAAGAAGACACAAAAUAUGAUGGUAAUGAAAUGCAAGAUUACCAUGACAGAGUUCCUAAGAAAGAUGACCAGGCAUUUGGCAGCAUUAUGCAGGGCCAGAUGUGUAUUGACACGAUGGGCCACUUUGCAGAUGGAAUCUUAGGAGUGUUUCCAUGUCAUCAUACAGGUGGAAAUCAGGAGUUUUCCAUGACUGCUACUGGAGCGAUACGUCAUCUUGACCUUUGCUUGACCUUGGGCAGUCAGGACCCAGGGGCAGUUCUCAAGCUGUUUCAAUGUACUCCAGAUAACACAUUACAGCUUUGGGAAAAAAUGGAGAGUGGGACAAUGCUACGCAGUAAGUACCAUAGUAUGUGUGUGGACAGUGCAGAGGUGCAAGGUAAAGGGCUGGUUGCCAAUCCUUGUGAUCAUCAGUCGCCCAGUCAGAAGUGGACGUUCAGCAUGUCAACUUGACGUUGACCUACAUAGCUUAUCGUAGGAGAAAAAACAAGGGCAUUUAGGUAUUGGGUUAUCUGGUUGUGUGUUCACCAAACUGAUUUUUUCAGAUUUUUUGUUUGCCUAUUAAGGAUCAAACGAAUUUAAAUCUGUUUUGUUUUUCUUGGUUGGGUUAAUAAGACUUGCUUGAUCACCUUUAAAAAUGCCAUGACAUCUUGCAAAUACAAAACAAUACAACAGCAUCACUGUUCAAACCGUAAUGUUAAUAAAAGCUUACAGAUUUGCAUUAUUCCUUAAAACUUAGGAAUGUUAUUUAACCAAAGGUGCAUCAUUUGGACUUUGCUUAUGUAUAGUACAGAUUUAACCCAUUUAUGCCUAGCAUCUAGGAAAAAGGCCUUGGCAAACAGCGUAGACCCAGAUCAGAUGCCGCAUGAUGCGGCGUAUCAGGGCCUGCGCUGUUUGCUUAAAGGAAUUUCUGUAAGAAAUAUUCUAAAUAUAGAAAUAAAAAUACUAGACAUCCCUAAUUUUGGAAAUAAAUUGAUCCAAUUUAGAAAGAUGGGAGAGUCCACUAGGCAUAAAUGGGUUAAAUAUCUACCAGUAUUCUGUUUUUACUGAUCAUCACUUACUUUUAUCCAGAAGUUCUUCAGGAACAUUCUUGUAUUAUUUUGUGAAAAGUUGAAACAAUAUUUUACGAAAUUACAUGUUGUUCACCAAUUUUUCCCAGUAUUUUGGGAAUGGUGCAAGGUUAACAUUGGAAUAGAAUAAUUUGGAUUCAGAAUCUUAUCUCUUUUAUUGAGAGUCUACCAGAAUGGAUUUAACAUUUGAUGGAAAUUAUGUUCCAUUUGUUCUCUAUCUUGUUCUUUAUUGUUUUGAGGAUGUUUCUUAAAAUGUACAGAUAGAUGUAUUAAAGCACAAUUCUGAGGAUCAUUUAGAUAAAUUGGUUCUGUUGGAACGUUUAUCGGUGGUAAUUAAUACUUCAACAUUGGUACAAUUCAAUUGUUAACAGUAAAGGGGAGAGAUGUCUUAUAAUUAUUGUAAAUUCAAACAACCUGAAAAAUUGUCUGAUUCAUAUAAAUUAUGUUUCGCAGUAAAAAAGCUGCUUUUUAAUUUAUUUAUUUUAAUUUGGUUGUGUGUGAAUUAGGAGACAUUCCAUAGAAUGUUUCAAAAUAAAUAGUAAUUGUGCAAAUGUAUUGGUUUAAAAAACAUAUACAUGUGUUCAAACUCUAAGCAUUUACCGUCUAAAACAUUAACUUACGGUUUUAACGUUUAUGUACAUACAUAUGUGUAAUAUAUUUGUGAAGCAAUAAUGAAGCUAUGACAUUGUAGUUUAGAUGCUAGAUUUUAUACUUUUAGGACCUUGUCUCAAAUUGUGUCAUAUUUAAGCAUUUUAAACUUUUAUUCAUGUUUUAGUUUUGAUUCAUGUUAUUUUAAGUCAGCAUUUGCAUCCAGUCAAUUUUGAAGGGGUGUUUCAUAGAGCAAUCAGGGUGGGUGGGGGAGUGGCUUAAAGUCUCCUCUGUCAUUUUCGUUAACAAGUACGUAUUUCACAUUUGCUUUGCCUUAAAUUUAUUGCAUGUUCAGUUGCUGAUUAAUGCUCAACACAGAAUUUAGAGAUGUAAGGUGUUAGAAGACAGAUGCCAACAUUUAAGGAUGUUGGUGCUGUAAGCUAUUUUUCCCCUGGAAGAUGCAUGUUAACUCUUUCAGUGCAUGAACCGAAUUAUGAAGGCCUUUGCAAACAGUUUGGAUCCAGGUGAGACACCACAGAACGUGGCAUCUCAUCAGGAUCCAAACUGUUUGCUUUUCUGAUAGUAUUCUUUGAAUUUUUUUUAGAAAAAAUGCUAAUUUUAGAAAUUCAGCAGACGACAUUUUAGCAGACGACAGAUUUCCCAGCAUGCAAAGGGUUAAACAACUGAUGUUGUAAAUUGUUACUCAGCUUCAAACUGCUCAAGAUUCUUAGAGCGUUCUUUGAAUACUUUUAUAUAAAACAUUCUAUUUUGAUAUACAUGACAAGAAAUGUCCAUUAAAAUGGGGUAAAUCAUAUUUGAAAUGUUGUUUUUGUUUUUGUAGAAAUAUUUACUUAUCAUAUAAAUGCAGCCUUGUUAAUAUUGAUUGAAGCAUAUGAGUUGUAAAUAUUAUUUUUGCUCAUGUCUAACAAUAAUAGCAGAUAUAUAAUUUCAGAUCUCAUAUUAUCCAUAAAUGAACCAAUAUAUUAUUGUUUUCUUUGUAAGAAGUAUUAUUUUGCUUGUUUGAAUAGAAUACAUACGCUUUAUUGAAUCUACGACAAUAUUUUGUAAAUUGUCUUUUUUCCAAAGUGAACAUGUGUCUCCAAAAUUAUAACAGGAAACACUGUGAUUCGAAACAGUUUGAGUUGCUGUAAAUAUGGGUGCUUAUGUUUAAUUUUUAGCAUUUUUAUUUUGAAUGCCUAAAUUAAUUUCAUGCAUAUGCUGCUACUGUUAUUUUGCUUCGUUUCUGGACAAUCAUUUAUCAUAAUUUGAGUCGUGUUCUGAGAAAACUGGGCAUAAUGCAUGUCCGUAAAGUGUCGUCCCAGAUUAGCCUGUGCAGUCCACACAGCCUAAUCAGGGACGACACUUUCCGCUUUUAUGACAUUUUUCGUUUAAAUGAAGUCCCUUAUUAGCAAAAAUCCAAUUUAGGCAGAAAGUGUCGUCCCUAAUCUGGGACAGCACUUUGUGCACAUGCAUUAUGCCCAGUUUUAUCAGAACUCGACUCAUUUUGUUUGAAUAGUGGUUAACUGCUGCACCUUUUUAGCUAACCUGAGCACAACGUGCUCAUGGUGAGCUUUUGUGAUCACCUUUUGUCCGUCGUCCGUUGUCCGUCGUGCGUUGUGCGACGUCAACAUUUGCAUUGUUCACUCUCUAGAGGCCACAUUUAUUGUCCAAUCUUCAUGAAAUUUGGUCAGAAGAUUGGUUUGAAUGAUAUCUUGGAUGAGUUCGAAAAUGGUUACGUUUGCUUGAAAAACAAGGCUGCCAAGGGGCGGGGCAUUUUUUCUUAAAUGGCUAUAUAUGGCUAUAGCAAAAUUUGUUAACACUUUGGAGGCCACAUUUAUUGUCCGAUCCUCAUGAAACUUGGUCAGAAGAUUCAUCCCAAUGAUAUCUUGGACGAGUUUGAAAAUGAUGUCCGUUUGUAGAAAAACAUUAUUCCUUAUAUUGCUAUAGUAAAACCUUGUUAACACUCUAGAGGCCACAUUUAUUUUCCGAUCUUCAUGAAACUUGCUCAGAUGAUUUGUCCCAAUGAUAUCUUGGAUGAGUUCAAAAAUGGUAACCUUGGCUUGAAAAAUGUGGCUGCCAAGGGGCGGGGCAUUUUUCCUAAUAUGGCUAUAUAUGGCUAUAGUAAAAUCUUGUUAACUUUCUAGUUUGCUCAAUCUUCAUGAACUUUGGUCAGAACAUUGGUUUCCUGUGUAGUAAAGUUUGGUUUUAUUAUGUCAAUAUUAUGUGACAUUAACUGUGUUGUGUAAUUUUUCAUAACACAGAAUUUUCAUAGUUAACAUAACUGUUUUAGUCAUUACCACUUAUGAUAAGCCUUUCAACUAAUAGAUAACUGAAAGAAAGACAACAUGUACAUGAUUUAACAGUAUUUAUGCAGUAUUUAUCUCCCUUGUUUAACCUGGUUCAGUAAUCUAUUUUUAGUUCUGCUCUGGAAUUUGGGAAGAUAUUGAUCAUUGAUAAAUGCACUUUUCUGAGGGAAAAUUGACUACUCUGCCAUUGAUCUCUUCUGACCUGUAUAAAAUAAGCUGUUUUGGCUGAUUUAAACACCUCUUGAUGCUUUCUUGAAAAGUUAACAGCUCUUGAAAAAGGUUGGAAUUUUGAAAUAAUUAAACUCUAAAUUAUUUUUAACACCAGCAGCAAGACAUUUUGGCAUUAUUAUCUAAAUUAUUCUUAUUAUUUAAAUUAUUUUUAUUUGGCAUUUUCUAAAUUAGAAAGACUCUAUUCUAUUUGAAUAACUGUAGUAAAUUUUUCUUAUUUUUACAUUUGAUUCACUGAAGUUUCCUAAUCUCCAUAAAUAUUGUUCUUUAGAUAAAAUAAGACCUAUUUUGUAAACUAGAUUUUUGAAGCACUUUCUAGACUUACAGUAACUUAUAUUUAUAUCACUUUUUUUUUACAGAUUUUGAACUUCUUUUUACAUUCAUUAAGGUAUUUGCUGUAUGUUGUUCAUUUUUGUAAUGAUACUUAGAUUCUUUAGACUUGGCUUGUACCAGUUCUUAAUUUUCUGUCAUUGUUCUUCAUUUUCCGAGUUCUUGGAAUGAAAAUUAGUUAUUUUUGUUAAAGCUGCCUUGGUUUUGUCUUAUAAAUAAAUUCUUUGAGUGUAUUUAGGCGUCCCUGACUGAACGCCUUUAGUAAAUUGAAUUACAACCAGUCAGUAUAUUCAUCCUGACCGGAAAUAAGAGUUUGUCAAAUAAAUAUUUCCGCAUUACAUAAGUGCUUACAAAGUUACAUAACUUGUAACCGUCCUGUGACCGGUUCAUUUGCGUAAGCAAAGGAGACCGCACUACCACACCUGGAUAGGACAGUUGAGUUAGAUAAUGGUUUGGAUCGGUAAAAAAACAUGGCCGCCAGGGGGGGGGGUCUUUUUCCUUAUAUUUAUAUAGUAAAAAAGCUUGUGAACACUCUAGAAGUCACAUGUUUUGCCUAAUCAUCAUAAAAUUUUGUCAAAACAUUAGUUAUGUGGUUGUCUCGGACGAGUUUUAAAAUGGUCAUGAUCAGUGAAAAAACAUGGCCGCCAGGGAGUGGGGCAGUUUUCUUUAUAUGUAUAUAGUGACAACAUGUGAACAGUCUAGAAGACACAUUUUUUUCCCAAUCUUCAUGAAAUUUGGACAUAUCUUGGAAGAGUUAAAAUAAGGUUCAGGUCUGUUAAAAAAACAUGGCCGCCAAGGGGCCAUUUGUUGUUCAUUCUUCAUGGUUAGAACAUUUGUUCCAUUGCUAUCUUGAGCUGCAAAGAACAGGUCAUUUCUUUUUAUCUCAGGUGAGCAACUUUGGGCCUUUCAGGCCCUCUUGUUUUAACAACUGCUGUUAUUGUGGAAUUAUUUUUUUAAUGAAAGUUUUUAAUUGUUUUGCAUUUAUUAAGUAUAGCACUAUGUAUAUUUUUGUAUACAGAAUUUAUUAUUAAUUUAUGUCAUUUUGUUACCAAACUUUUUUGACUGGUUGAAAAAGAAAAGUGUUUGUUUGGCUUUUAUGCAUUUUGAUGGACCUUGUUAUUACUUUUUUCAAUUCAACUUUUGUUAUCGUAUAUUUAUUUGAUCUUUGAACUUCUACCGUGUCAAAUCCAUUUUGUUUGCUCAAUGCGUGUUGUAUAGGUUGUAAUCUGUACCUGCAGUAUUACCGGUAUUAUGUUGUAUGUUGAUAUGGCAACGAAAGUCUUGAUUCGUCCUCCAUAAUCCUUUUUUACCAAGUCUUAGAUUAAAGUUUAGACUUAGGUACAUUAUUAAAGUAUAGACUUAUACUGGAGAAUAAAGAAUAGACUUUGGCUUAAAGAGUAAUUUGAUGCAUUCCCAAGUAUAAUAUCAUUUUGAAAUAUGCUUUAUAUGGAUUAUUAAAAUUGUUUUUCAUAGAUAGUGGUUUAAUCAGAAUUGGUCAGUACCAAAUAUAAUCCAAUGAAGUUCAUUUUUCUAACAGAAUAGUUUCAGGGAUAUCUUCUAUACUUCCAAAGAAGUAAUUCUAACAAUGCUCAUGUGAAAAUUGACCAGUAUGCUAUACCUCUACAUAAAGCACACAGUCCCAAAGUUGCAAAAGACAAUCGGGGUGCUUCUGUCGACGUCCAUUAUAUGAAACUUUUUUUUACUCUUUGACUCAUUUAUGCAUAGCAUCUAGAAAAAAGGCCUUGGCAAACAGCGUAGACCCAGAUGAGACGCCGCAUCAUGCCACAUCUCAUCUGGGUCUGCGCUGUUUGCUUAAAAAAAUUCUGUAAGAAAUAUUCUAAAUAUAGAAAUAAAUAUACUAGACAUUCUUAAUUUUGGAAAUAAAUUGAUCCAAUUUAGAAGGAUGGGAGAGUCCACUAGGCAUAAAUGGGUUAAUAUAACUUAUUCUCAUGCGGGUAAUAGCUACUUACAUUAUACUUUGUUAAGCUGGUACCAAAAAUCGAAACAACUUAGAGUGCUCAGUGUUAUUCAAUACUUGUACUUAAUUGCAGAGUUUGCUUUAUUUUGUGUGUUGAUAAUGAAACAGUACUGUUGUAUGUGAUAUAGAUAUGUUUAGCAGAUACCCCAGAUUGGCACUUAAAUUAUCACUGUCCGUUACAUUGUUCUGUCACUGGUCUUGUUUGAAAUCUCAUAUUUCAGUCUCCAUGGCAUAUAUUUGUAAUGUUUAUAGAUUUUUUGUCUAGUCAUUCAUGUUAUCCACAUAUUUUUAUCAGUAUUGUUACACUUGUGGUUUAUUGGGUAUUUGUGUCUUGUUCUGAGAAAACUGGGCUUAAUUCAUGUGCGUUAGGUGUCGUCCCAGAUUAGCCUGUGCAGUCCACACAUGCUAAUCAGGGAAGACACUUUUCGCUUUUAUGGUAUUUUUAGUUUCAAGGAAGUCCCUCCUUACCGAAAAUCAAGUUUAGGCAGAAAGUGUUGUCCCUGAUUAGCCUGUGCGGACUGCACAGGCUAAUCUGGGACGAUACUUUACGCACAUGUAUUAUGCCCAGUUUUAUCAGAACAAGACACAUUUUAAUGGAUUGAUUCUUGUUCUGGGAAGACUAUGUAAUACAGAAGCGUUAGGUGUCGUUACAGAUUAGCCUGUGCAGUCGGCACUGCCUAAUCAGUGACGUCACUUUCCGCAUUAACUUAUUUUCGUUAAGGAAAAGCUGCCUUUAAAUGAAAAAUUCUAUAAAAGUGGAAGUUUGUCCCAGAAUAACCUGUGGGGACUGCACAUGUGCACACGCAUUAAGCCCAGUUUUCACAGCAACAGGCUCUAUUGAAUGAAAAUUACUGAAAAUGUACAUUUGAAAUGAAAUUCGUUUUAUUAAUUUUAAAUUUUAUUAUUUUACUAUUUAAAUUUAAGCUUUAACAGCACAGCGUGCAUUUUAAGAAAAGAUUUAAUAAAUAUCGCUGCUAUAAUGUGUAAAGCAGAGUUGUGUUAGUGCUCAUGUUUUUCUUCCUUUUUUUUACAAUAAAAUGUUCAUUGAUUUUCAGAUAUAUAUCUUUCAUGUUGGAUGUAAUAUAUUCCAUUAAUUUGCAAUAUUUUUAUAUAAUGUUUGCCUUGUGUUUGUGACCUUAUUGCUAGGUUAUGUUUGUUAAAUAUACUAUCAAUGAAAGACGGUAAAGGGUAAA